AUGCAAUAUGUAUAUGCGUUGUCUGCAGAGGCGAACCUUGCUGGGGUUAAGGCGGCAGCCGUCGCGACCAUCGCCUCUGCCGUUCCAACGCUGGCGAGCGUGAGGAUGCUGCCAUGGGCGAAGGCGAACAUCAACCCGACGGGGCAGGCGCUGAUCAUCUGCACGGCGGCCGGGAUGGCCUACUUCGUCGCCGCCGACAAGAAGAUCCUCUCGCUGGCGAGGAGGCACUCGUUCGAGGCCGCGCCGGAGCACCUCAAGAACACGUCCUUCCAGGGCGCCGCCCGCCCCCACCCGGCCUUCUUCAGGCCAUGAUCGAACGAUGGCAUGACUCACGAGCACUUCCUGAUCAGCUAUGUACAAAAACUGCUGCUUUGCUAUCUGCUUCAGAACAGGGAUGCUUCCCUGUGCUGUCCAUGCAUGAAAUGCAGAAGCUUGCUUUGAUGCAGUGUAAUUAAUGCAUGAUCCAGCUUGUAAUAAACAAUCUUUUGAACUCGUGAAUGAAUUAUUAGAGACUAGAGUGAUGUG